AUGCCAAGUGAGAAAUCUAAAAUAAUAUCCGGUUUGUGCGAAAAAUACAUUUUCGAGGUGGUAAUGGCUGACUCAAGUGACGAGGACAAUGAAGAAGAAACUACUGAAAUGUUUCUAAUGCACAUGGCUAAUUUGCUAGGCAACCGCAGAAGUGUUCAUUUUGGAGUGCCAAAGUCAGAAAAGUGGCAACAAAACGUGCUAAAGGAAUUUGAUGACGAACGGUUCAACCAAAUGGUUCGCGUUCGUCCAGAAGAGUUUUUUUAUAUAUUGGACCUUAUAAAAGACGAUGAGGUCUUUAAGACAAGUUCAAGUACAGCACAACUUCCAGUCGAAAUGCAAUUGAAAAUUGUACUUUAUCGAUUAGGCUCCUAUGGUGAUGGGCUAUCAAUUCGAAAAGUAGCCACUCUCUUUGGUGUGGGUGAUGGAGGCACCAUUCAAAUUGUGACCGAUCGCGUUUUCAAAGCCAUAUUAAACUUAAAAAAACGAUUUUUAUUUUGGCCCAAUUCAAGAGAACGAUCUGAAAUUUUGUACGCAACAAAAGACGAAAUGCCUGGAUGUAUAGGGUAUAUAGACGGCUCGGAAAUAAAAUUAGCGGAAGCACCUGUGAAAAAUCAUGAGCUAUUCUUUUCGCGGAAACGCCAAUAUGCGAUUAAGGUGCAAGCGGUGUGUGACUACAAAUUGCGAAUAAGGCAAUUAACAGUAGGUUAUCCAGGCAGCGUGCAUGACGCAAAAAUAUUUUCAAAUUGUCCAAUAGCAAAGCAUCAUGAACGUUUCGUAUCACCACCUCAAUGGAUCGCUGGAGAUAGCGCUUAUCCACUAAAAUCCUUCCUGUUAACGCCAUUUAGGACUAAUAGCAUCGAGCACACUAAAGAGGAAAGAGUGUUAUACAACAAACACUUUUCGAAAUAUCGAGUACGUAUUGAGAACUGUUUCGGUAUUUUAAAAGAGAAAUUCAGCAGCUUAAAAGAACUUAAAUUAAGAAUGAUGUCUGAUAAAAAUAAGAUGCUAUGCAACGACUGGAUUAUAGUUUGUGGCAUUUUACAUAACAUUUUAAUAGAUUUCAACGCCGAAAAUAAAAGUGAAAUAUUAAUACCAGAAAUUAACUUACCUCCAGAAAGCAAUACUAGAUCUGGUUUACUUCAAUUCAUUCAAAUCCAAAAUGUUUAA